AGGUCAUGAGUGAACCAGAGGUUACGAACACAAGUGGUAAACAACUUUCGCCAGAGCAGGAGACACCUGUGAUCAUGGCCGGUACCAAGCUGAAUACUGUCGGGGUUCUCUUCAUACUCGUUUCCCUUGGCCUGGGGGAAGACUGGUCGUUCGAUAAUGCUCCAGGGAUCGCCAUGGAGUACAAGAUUCACAUAGACGCGGGUAAAGAAGACUGUUAUUAUCAGUAUGUGCAUCCGGGCGCUACAAUCUACAUCAACGUACAGGUGUUGAAAGGUGGUGAUGGAAUGGCUGGUGUGGCUGUACGAAACCCCAAAGGUGAAAUUGUCCACCCAUACUCGUGGAAGAAAUCGACAGAAUACGAAGAGGUUUCUCAGGCUGGUGGAUACUAUGGCAUCUGCAUUGAUAAUCAAUUCUCACGCUUUGCUGCAAAACUUAUCAACUUUUACAUGACAACAUUCAGGUAUGACCUUUGGGAGAAAUUUAAUAAAGAGCUGGAAGAUAUGGACAUCAGUGUUAACAACUUUACACACUCGAUUAAGGGCGUUGAUCAGCGCAUACAUGAAAUGUUGCUCUUCCAAAGCCAAUCUCGGGCAAAAGAGGCUCGGGACUUUCAGCUGCUGAUCAGUAAUAAUCAGUAUAUUCAGUAUUGGUCUCUGGCUCAGUGUAUAGCAAUUGUUGGGGCAGGGGCCAUGCAAGUCUUCUUUUUAAGAAAGCUCUUUGAUACACAGGUCACUACAAAGUCAGGUGGUAGAGCAUAGUAAUUGUCAAACUUGGAGUCGGGCAAUUUAAAAAAAUAGAAACAAUGUUGUAAUAAUCUAAAGUACAGAAAUUGGUUGAUCUUGACACUUAUGUGCAAGUUUUUAUAUUUUUAAAACAUUAUGAAGUACAGUUGACUGGCAAUUUGUGGCAAGUUACAUGUAGUGAACCUCCAACUUCACAUUUUUGUGCUUUUAUUUGCUACUGUGUUAGAUAUAUAAUUUCAUCAGUAUUCUUAAUUUGUAUGCGAUAUUAAGGUAAAUUAUUGUGUAAAUUGGAUGAGUUUUUGAAGACAUCAUUGUAGCUAAACACAUUUUGUUUGACUUAAGGAAAACUGUACAGUGCUAAUUUCCAUUCAUAAAUUUUAAUGUCUUAUGUCAAGAAAAUUUUUAAAUUUUAUAGGCUUACUUGAAUUAAAAUGACAUUUAUGGGUGCUGGUGGCUGAAUCUCAAAACUUUUAUUGCACAUGUAUAAUCAUGUUGUCUCAACUUUUUAAUUAUAAUUUAGAACUAAGAAUGUUUUUGGUCCCAAUGUAUGUAAGCAUUACAGGGGCUCUGUAAUUUAUUUUUUAUUUUUAUAACUCUGACAUUCCAUAUUUGUGUUAUUUCCUUACAUUCCUUUAUAUUUUAUUUGAAAAGAUCUGACUUUUAUAGGUUAAUCUAUUAACAUCAUCAUUUUAGUUCUUGUAUUAUAGCAUCACCACUGACCUCUUCCUUUCUUGAGGUGGGAAGGAAGUUAACAGGAAGGAUGGAAAAGUGUAAUGGUGCCUAACCUGCCAUCACUAGUUGCAUCAUGGGGUAACAAGUGCCACUUUGCUAGACAAUAAUAUUGUGAGGGGGAAACUGUGACAAGGUUGUUAAACACCCCCUCCCCCCUGCUGCACACUGAUAGUAAGCUUCUCUUUGCCCCCAACCCCUACAUAUCCCAAACCAUUUACGACUCUAGAUGAGGAGGGAUGACUGGGCACCAGUCCUUAACUGUUCAUCCCCCCCCCCCCCUCUACAGUAAUUGCUGAGGAAGGUGGGGGUACCUGGUUGUAAACUAAUUGGGAGGAAGUGUUCCAUUGAAAAUUAGUGGGGCAAGACGUGCCAGGGCAUAAAGUUAACAAGGACAUGCUGCCAGCAAUGAUGUGUGCCAGUGUCAAUGGUGCAACAUUGGUACACACAGUUGCACAUGUGUGCAAUUGUUGGCAAAUGCAAGAAAUAAAGAGCCUUGCAACAUUGCUUGAAUAAUCUGCGUGUGAAAUAUUAUAGCUCAAGGAACACGUGGUUUACACAGAUCUUUCUUUUUCAUUUUCAUGAUGUGUUUUGCUAGGAAGUUCAUGACCAUCACAUUAUGAAACAGUGAGGCCAAGCGAAUUCGGGUUUUGAUGUUGAUAAUGCAUGUGCCCACCCCUGUUUUGAGACCUUAAACCUCACAUGAUGACAAGAUAACAUGUAUGGCACACCUUUAUAAUACUACCUCUCUAGUCCAGCUGUGAAUUGGGUAGUUAUCGGUGCCACAAAGAGGUUGUACACCAAAAAGAUGCUCAAUGAAGUUUUAGUGGUUUUACCUGUUGAGGAAGAUGUGGAAUGUGGCGUGAAUGUCAAGGCUAGGAAAAACUCUUGAAAAUUUGAAAAAUUAUUUGAUCAAGAAAGCAAUUUAUAACUGGGCCAAAGUGCAGAGUAAAGGAAAUGACUUUGAAGAAUUCCUGAAAGAAAACGCUCGUAACUACAGUCAUUGAAGAGGAGGAAGACAUGAAUUUUGAAGGAUUUACAGAUGAAAUUCAUGGAAUGUUCUGAAAUGCUGGUGAAAAUUUAGGCAGGAUGUGUUUGAAUGGCUACAAAGAGAUGUUGAUAACCCAGGAUAUGGUGUGAUUGAAGAAGAGAUUCUUCAGUCCAUUACUGGUGAGGUUGACAGGAGGAGGAUGAAUAUGGCAAUGAGGAAUCAACACUACAGAUGCAGACGACGAGUCACAAUAACGUGGCUGAAAUAUGUUGACCAAACCACUUACAAGAAAGUGAAGGGACGACGACGUUUCGGUUCGUCCUGGACCAGUCUCGAGUAGAUUCUCACAAUAGACUUGAGAAUGGUCCAGGAUGGACCGAAAUGUCAUUGUCCCUUCAUUUUCUAGUGUGGUUUGGUCAACACUACAGACAACCAGAUAAAAUUUUCUCAUUUCAUCUCUUCCGUUGAUAUGUUAAUUAAUUUUUCGUCCAACUGUGCUAAUCCAGAAGUUGGAAACAUCAGUACUUGAGGCAUGGACCAAUGAACAUAGGUGGCAAGCAAAAGACUUGUUAUUUGGUAAGAAUAGCAAGCAGAGGCCCUUCAACAAGUGAAACCUCACAAGCAAUCCAAGGACCUUCAACCAGUUAAGGCUCGCCAGAAAGUCAAGAGCCUUCAACCAGUAAUGCCUCGGCAGCUGGCAAACAAACCAAACCUUGUCAAGCUUGUGCAAUGAACAGUAAUUUUAGUGUUGUGUUAGGUAACGUAAAUUUUGUAAGAACUGCAGAUUUGAAGAUCUACAGUAUCAUUCGAGAAGAACUACAACAAGGUAAGCUGUAGUUUGUUUUAAAUAGUACUGUAUAUAUUUCUGUACUGGUAUAUUUUUUUAAUUGUCGGGGAACAGGCAGUCGGUUUAUAUAUGUGUUAGGCUUUUAUCGAGGGUCCCCUUCCCCACACCAUUUUGCAGAUGGACAUGAAGCCGUGUCAUUUGCUAAAGCUUGACCACACUUGACUUUGAAGUAGCCAUAGAUAGCAUGCCCAUGCACUCUGCACCAGGCCCAGACUUCUGAAAUGCUGUAUUUAUCAAGAAAUACAAAAAACCAUUAUCACAGGCCAUAAAAUUUUUUUAGAGAUUGAGCCUAGAUACUGGCAUUAUCCCUGUCAUACUUAAAACAGCAGAGAUCAUACCACUUCACAGGAUGAAGCAAACACAGUUUACACAGGAUGUAAAGCUGAUGUAAAAAAAUAUGGCCCAAUAGUUCUAACACUGCAUAUCAUAAAAUUCUUUGAAAGAGUGCUAAGAAGUAAGAUCACGAAACAUGCGUAAUUAUAGUGUCUACAUAACCCUAGGCAACAUGAUUCUGAACAGGGUGCUCCUACCUCAUAAGUGUUAGACCACUAUGACAUAACCUUAGAUGCCAAGGAAGACAAGCAAAACGCUGUAAUAUAUACAGAUUUUGCAAGAGGUUUUGACAAAUAUGACAAUGAUGGUGUUACAUACAAAUGCACACAAAAGGAAUUACUGGCAAAGAAGGGAGAUGGCUCCUUAACUUCCUAACAAAUAGAACCCAGAAUGUAAUAGUCAACAAAGUAAAAUAUGAAUCAUGCACUGUUAAAAGCUCAGUUCCUGAAAGUACCAUGCUUGCUCCGCUACUUUUCCUCGUCCUCAUAUCAGAUAUAGACAAGGAUAUAAAAUUUAUAGUACUGUAUCAUCCUUUGCAGAUGACACUAAAAAUUUUCAUGAGAAUAGACAAUAUAGAGGACACGGCACACUUCCAAUCUGGUGUUAAUAAAGUCUUUUAAUGGGCCACAGAAAAUAACAUUUAAUGAGGAUAAGUUCCAGUUACUGCAUUAUGAAAAAAACAAACAUCAAAGCAGAAACCACUUGUAUAAGUCAGACCACACUAUUGAAAGAAAAUGUGAUGUGAAAGAUUUAGAUGUAAUCUUGUUGGAAGACCUUACGUUUAAAGAACACAGCAAAGGUUGUCACAACUGCAAGAAAAUGACAGGUUGGAUAAAAAGAACUUACCAAACAAAAAAAAUGCCAUGACAAAGAUGAUACUUUUUAAGAUGGUGCUCGCUAGAGUGGAAUAUUAUUGCACACUAAAAGCCCCAUUUAAAGCUGGAGAAAUUGCUGACCUGGAAUGCGUGCAAAGAUCUUUUACCACUAGAAUCCACUUGCUAAAACUUCUCAAUUAUUGGGACUGCCUAAAGGCUUUAAAUCUGUAUUCCCUAGAGUGCAGAUGGGAGAUGCAUAAUAAUUUACAUUUGGAAAAUAUUAGAAUGGCUGGUUCCAAAUCUGCACAUAGAAAUAACACCGUGAGACCAGAAGGCAUGUCAAGAUGAGCAAAAUAGCUCGGGUGGAAAGCAGAGGUGCAAUAGGCAAGUUGAGGGAGAACCCGAUGUUCAUCAAAUGCCUAAACUUUUCUACACUCUUCCCCCUACACAUGAGGAAGAACUUGCCGACCUCUUGUAGUGUUCAGAAGAGAACUCUACAAGACCCUUCAAAGGAUACCUGCUCAACAGACUGUGUUGAUCACACAUCCUUUGCAGUACAUCAGGCUGCACGUAGCCACAUAGAGCAACCUGGUUGAUCAGACCAGCAACCAGGAGGCCUAGUCCGAGACCAGGUCGCGGGUAAGUUGAUCCUCUGAAUCAACGACAGUCAAUAGGUAGACACAAAAAUUAGCGUGAAAAUUACUUCUGUAGAAGACAUUGAAAACUAUAAGCUAAGCAAUACUAAAGUUUUCGAUUGGGCAGCAGAAAAUAACAUAAUGUUGGAGAGUGAUACAUUCUGGGUACACAGUUCUUAGAUAUGGUAAAAAUUAAGAUCUUAAACCCAUUUAGUCUAGCAUUACCUACCUACCCAUUCUCAUGCACUAAACAAUCUCUGUUGCAUUACUUCUAGGAAUUUUGUUCAUGUUAUAACAUACCUGUGUUCUACACUGUAUUUGAACAACCACUCAUGCCUAACAAGGACUUGAAAUGCAUCAGUAAAUAUUCUUUCUUUACUCGCUCCACACCGAACCUCACUUGGUGCUACAUCAGUUGCACAUCCUUGAACACCUUACAGUAUUUUACAGUUUUUAUAGUAUAUUUAUAGUACUGUACAGUACUAUAUAGUAUGGUAAGUUUUAUUACAAUAUACUUCAUUUAUUUCACUCCAAUAUUUGCACAACUCAAUCCAUGUGUGUAUUAACCAACUUUUGUGAUAUUACACAAUCUCUCUAGUAAUAUUUUUACAUUGAUGUACUUUUGUAAAACUAAUGUUUUCCGUGAAGUCAGAGUACAAUGCGUGUUGUGCCAAAAUCUUAAUGUUUUCUUGGCUCUCACUGAUAGAAUGUGGUCAACCCAAGCAACAAUAAUUUCUGAUAAUCUAACUUCACCCGGGUGCCUGGGGAAAAUGUCCAUCCAGUAAUGUUCAGCCAGGCUCUUUGGCCAUUAAGUCAACACACUCGCCUGUAUAAGCGUGUUCAACAUAAAUAAGGUAUGUUUUGUACAUCAAGGCAUGUUAUGGAAUAAGUAAUUUUAUAUAUACAGUGUUGUAUAAUUAUACAGUAAAUUUUUUAUUUUUUUAUAGUGUAAAUGUUUUCUUACUGAAGAUUUGGUCAUCAUGUGAGUAUGUAUUAUGAUGAUAAAUGUGAAGAGCAUUAUUUUCUGUGAUAAGAAAUGUGAAAUGAAGACAAAUCCAUGUUGAAGAAAGAAGUUGUAUUAAUAUUUGGUUUUACAGUACAGUAUUUUAAAGCGAUCGUGUUUCUUUAUUGAUUGUACUUAUUGCAUUUGAUAUUUGGUCUUGGGUUGGAACACGCAUUGAUUGGCAUAGUUAAUUUAACUUUACAGUAAUUUGUUAAAAAAUGUUUUUGUUUAGUAUGAACAUAAGACACUUCACUCUUACUUGACAUAGUAAAUUUCUUUUUCAAACCAUUACAAGCCUCUGUGACAACCAAGCUGAGAAUAAGGGCAGCAUUAAGAGUUGAGUAUUAAAGCAUGUAGGAUGUAGGGAUGUCAUAAAAAAAUACAGUAUAUAUAUGUAAACAUUUUUAGUUAAAUUAACCGCCAAAAGCGGUACUGUAAUGAAGCUAAAAAUAGUAUGCCAUGUUUAGUUUGUGCAGUUAUUUAAUGGACAAAUGUUUGACGUCCAGAACAGUAGGUGAAAUACUUUGUAGAAUAUACAAAUUUACAUGUCAAAUUUGGCGUAAGUUUAAAAAUGUCAAAAUACAGUACAGUUCUACAUGGAAGUACUAGAAGGGGUACUUGGCAGUGUCCUUGAUAGUCUGUCUCUUCCUCUCCACCCUACAUUCCCCUUCCUUUUCUCUCCCUGCCCCUCCCCUUCCAUUUUCCCCUACUCUCCAUCCACCUAAUCUUCAUUUUCGGGUGAAGAAAUUUAGGGACUCUGCCAGCCACCUUUCACUGGUUUGUGGGAAAGGUCACUAUCAGGCUUUAAAGUCCGUGUCCAUCCUGUACCUCGGACUGUUCGCUUAACAAAGUUAGGCUAGACUAGACCCAAGUACCUAGCCUUCAAUAUUGGACAGACAUAUUCUCUUUUUAUAGAUGUAGGACUUUUCUAAUGCCUCUUCGUUCAUUUGUUGUCAUUCACAUAAAGACACUGUGUUGUACUUAAUUUUACAUGUGAAUAGAAGCAUUACUGUAGCAUUUAUACAUUUAGCACUCUUUCCCAUACUCCAAUACAGAAUAUGACUCGACACUUAAACAAUGGAACACAUUACAAUCAACACAAUAACAAGACUUCUGGAAAAUCAUUAAUAUAUUUGUGGUGUAUAGUAAACGAAGGAAUAAAAAGUAUGAUAAUUUCCGGGGGGGUUUCCCUACAGCUACCUGGAGCUAUCUGGGCUGAUAUGCAUGUAUUUAGACCAUGGCAUCAGUCAAAGCGAAUGGAGUUCUUUGACCUACUAGGGACAAUGAGCCAAAACCUGGCCCCUCUCAGAGAGGAACAAGGUGGAGGGCCUUGAUAGCUCCGGGAAGCCACUGGGUCUCGCCCAGGAAAUGGCGUUUCAUUACAUUCAAUGCUGUUUUUUUGUAGUUUACAAAUUUUGUAGAUUGUCUUGAUGCUUAUUUUUUAUUUUUAUUUAUGUAACUGCAGUGUGACAAUGGUGUAAAUAUUCCUUGAGUGAAAGAUAUCUGUUAUGCUACAAGGAUGACACUUAGUGAAAUACUUGUACAGUAUUUUACAGAACCAGGUGAGAGUUAAAACUCAAAAGCCACUAGUGUGAAUGAACGUGGUAGAGGUGCAUCACAAGCGUGCUCUUGGCAUCUUAUACACCUUUGAUAGGAGUGGUCAGCCAUGCUGUGAGGUGAGCGUGAACAAUUUGUAUCUGCAAUAUUUAGUGUUCUUCCGUCUCUAGCCCAAAUUUCUGUAGCAGUACUAUAUAAAAAAAAAAUUCUAGGAGAGUACUGUAGUACUAUUAGAAUUUGAUAUUGUAUUUAUAACAAAAGAUAUGUAGGGCAAGACUAAUAAUAAAGUACAAUCAUCAGUAUAGUAAGCAUAUGUUCAUUGGAAUUUUCAAUCUAACCCUUGGAAUGCUCAGUUUUCCAGCUCUGGGUACUUUUACUGUACAGGUAUUUGAAAAAUGAUUAGUUUUCUUUGCAAAUGAGUUACAUUAGAAUUAGUUUUUAAUAUAUACUUCAUUUGAUAUACAAAAUUUAAGAUUAUUUUAAUUUAUCUAUUUCCUGAAAUUUAGAUGAAGUUACAUCUUUAUUUUGCAAUAAAUUUUUUUUGUUGGAUUUUUAUUUAAAAAAAAUGAGCAAAUGAACUCCAAAAUUGGUGUAUUUUUCAGUAUGGUGGUGUUGCAUGCUUUCAGUCAUCUAAAAGGAUCAAGACUGUACAGUAAUUUACUAAUAGAUUUAAUUUUUUAAAUAUGUUGGCUGUGAGAAAAUAUAUCUUUAAUUUAAUCAGUGUUAUGCAAUGUGCAUCAUCAUUUGGGAUGCUCUGCAGGGAUGAUCAAGUUAAGCUUUUCUGCAUAAAAUUGUUUCAAGUUAGCUUAUGCUUCAUUAUUAUAGUCAAGCACUAGAGCUGUGCAUUGUAGGUCUCCAAGCUGUUAAGACUUGAAAUGACUUCCACGUUGCUGCCACGUGCAAGUUUGUCAAAAAGUCAAGUGUUGCAAAUUAAGUUGUUUUAAUUUUUUAUUAUUGUUGUCUUUGCAAAUAAAUAAAUAAAUAAAUA